CGGCUAGCGAGUUUCAAACCCGCAGGAGCCAAUGAGGACGCGCGGACGCGCGGCACGCCGGUCUUGGCUAUAGGCGCGGCGUUUGAAGAAAAACUGUAACUGAAGAGUCAUGGUGGGGACUGGGCCUACCGCCGCUGCAGCUGUCGAAGAGCGGCAGAGAAAGCUUCAGGAGUACCUUGCAGCCAAGGGAAAACUGAAGAGCCAAAACACCAAGCCUUAUCUAAAAUCCAAGAAUAAUUGCCAGAGUCCACCACCUUCUAAAUCUACUAUUAGACCCAAAAAUGAUGUUACCAACCAUGUUGUUUUGCCUGUCAAACCUAAAAGGUCCAUCAGCAUUAAACUCCAGCCCAGACCACCUAAUACUACAGGGUCCCAGAAGCCAAAGUUGGAGCCACCAAAACUUCUGGGCAAAAGGCUGACUUCAGAAUGUGUUUCUUCUAACCCAUACUCUAAGCCUUCUAGCAAGAGUUUUCAACAGCGUGAAGCUGGAUCGUCCAUAACAGGAGAACUGUCAAGAAAACCCGUGGGGUCACUUAAUAUAGAGCAAUUGAAAACUACAAAGCAGCAGUUAACAGAUCAAGAAAAUGCUAAAUGUAUAGACUCUAUGAAUAAUACCCAUGUUGAAAACAAAUCUUUGGAUAACUUUCUAAAAGAAACAAACAAAGAGAACUUGCUCGAUAUCUUAACAGAACCUGAGAGGAAGCCAGAUCCUAAAUUAUGUACCAGAAGUAAGCCAAAGACUGACUCUUAUAAUCAAACCAAGAACAGUUUAGUUCCUAAACAAGCCUUGGGCAAAAGUUCAGUUAAUAGUGCUGUUCUGAAAGAUAGAGUUAAUAAACAAUUUGUUGGAGAAACACAAAGCAGGACUUUCCCAGUAAAAUCACAGCAACUCUCUAGAGGAGCAGAUCUUGCAAGACCAGGAGUAAAACACUCAAGGACGGUUCCCUCUCACUUUAUUCAGACCCUUAGUAAAGUUCAGUCAUCAAAGAAACCAGUGGUCAAGAACAUCAAAGAUAUAAAGGUUAAUAGGGGUAAAUAUGAAAGACCAAAUGAAACUAAGAUACGGUCAUACCCUGUUACUGAACAGAGAGUGAAGCACACCAAACCCAGAACAUACCCCAGUUUGCUUCAGGGUGAAUAUAACAACAGACAUCCAAAAAUCAAACAAGAUCAGAAGUCCAACCAACUUUGUAUACCUCAGACAUCAUAUGUACUGCAAAAAUCAAAAGCCAUAAGCCAGAGGCCUAAUUUGACAGUUGGCAGAUUUGAUUCAGCCAUUCCAAGCACCCCUAGCAUAAGACCAAAUGGAACCAGUGGUAAUAAACAUAACAAUAAUGGCUUUCAGCAAAAAGCACAGACUUUGGACUCCAAGUUGAAAAAGGCUGUUCCCCAGAACCAUUUUCUGAAUAAGACAGCUCCCAAAACUCAAGCUGAUGUCACAACCGUAAAUGGGACCCAAACAAACCCAAAUAUUAAAAAGAAGGCAACAGCAGAGGAUCGAAGGAAACAACUAGAAGAAUGGCAGAAAUCUAAGGGAAAAACCUAUAAACGGCCCCCUAUGGAACUUAAAACAAAAAGAAAAGUAAUAAAGGAAAUGAAUAUUUCGUUCUGGAAGAGCAUUGAAAAAGAAGAGGAAGAAAAGAAAGCACAACUCGAACUGUCCAGUAAAAUUAACAACACUCUGACAGAAUGUCUGAACCUCAUUGAAGGGGGUGUACCUUCUGAUGAAAUACUUAACAUAUUGUCCAGCAUUCCUGAAGCUGAAAAAUUUGCUAAAUUCUGGAUCUGCAAAGCAAAGUUGUUGGCAAGUAAAGGCACCUUUGAUGUUAUUGGGCUAUAUGAAGAGGCCAUUAAAAAUGGGGCAACACCAAUACAAGAGUUGCGGAAAGUUGUUCUUAAUAUCUUGCAAGACUCAAACAGAACCACAGAAGGGAUUACUUCUGACUCUUUAGUUGCUGAAACUAGUAGAACAUCAGUGGAAGAGCUGGCCAAGAAGAUGGAAUCUGUGAAGUCUUGUCUUUCUCCAAAAGAGAGGAAACAAGUCACGGCGACACCCCGAAUAGCCAAGGCAGAAAAGCAUGAUUAUCCUGGUAUCAAAUUACAGAUUGGUCCAAUCCCUAGAAUAAAUGGGAUGCCGGAAGUGCAAGACAUGAAACUUAUAACUCCUGUACGGCGUUCGUCGAGGAUUGAGCGAGCAGUGUCCCGCUACCCGGAAAUGCUGCAGGAACACGAUUUAGUCGUGGCUUCUCUUGAUGAACUGUUAGAAGUGGAAGAAACAAAAUGUUUUAUAUUCCGUAGAAAUGAGGCGCUGCCUGUAACAUUGGGGUUUCAAACCCCGGAAUCAUAAUUUCUUGAUGCUUUUUUAAAAAAAGGUGUUUCAGAGCCUCCAUAAGACAAGAAAUAGUCUUGUCCAAGUGACCUGGAAAAAAGUGUGUAAUAGAGAGGCAUCAUGGAUCCAGAUUAUGGACGCUCAGGACUUAAGUAAUUCACUGGGCUUACUCUCACAUUUUAUCUCCCCGUGGGAAAAUCUUUGCUUUAUGUGUUUAAGACUAGCUUGCCAGUUUUACAGUAUACAUAAAUUUCAAACUUUUGAAUAUUUACCCUACAACUAUGAUAAAUAUUUAUACUUUAUUGAUCUACUUUAAUCCCAACAUAGUUUUUUAUAUCAGAAGGUUGGUCCCACAAUAUAAUGGGACUUUUCUUUCUGCAUCCACCUUAGCAGAGGGCAAGUUCUUUCAUCGUGGAAGAUCUGAACUUUGACGCUAGCUUGACAGGCUGAAUGGACCUUGACAGAUGGCCAAGUCAAAACCCCUCAUUUUACAGAUGAGUUUAUGCUAGCUGUGCCUUUGCUCAGAGAUCAUAAAUUUAUGUGUGAUCUUUGACUUCCAUCACAGUAUCCUUGUAAAUGAGAGAGAAUUCUUGUUUUUUCUAUGCCAGGUCUCCUCAGAUGAAACACAAUCCUGAAUUGGCAUGGUCGUCUAGCUUUUACAUCCAAACCUAGUUUUGCAUUUGUUACUCAGAAACACUUCAAGUAACAAAAGGGGGGCAGGGGAGAGGGGUGGGGAGUGGACACUUGCUUCUUCACUUCAGUUAUUUGCUCAGCUAGGGGAUAGCUGGCCUGAGAAGGCAGUGAAAGCCCCAGAGACUGUUGUAGGUUGGUUUUCCUUCCUCAUGGGCAACUAUUUGUGGAAAGGUUUUACCUUAGUCAUUAUGUAAAUAUAAUGUGUAGAAAAACCUAGUCAACACAUUUUAAAUUUUAGCUUUCUUAAUAUUUAAGUAUUAUCUUAAAACAACAUUAAAUUUCUAUUAGUUCCUG